CUUCCAAACUACAAUUUUAUAUUUUAUAACAAAAUCUUCAAUUCAAAAUAAAAAGCAUAAACCCAAUCACCAUGCUUUCCCUCCGUACUCUCACCCGUUCAGCACCACGAGUUGCUCGCAACUUAAGCACCGCCGCCAUCAGAACCGCAACCCGUCCAUCCCUUCUCCAAACCGCUUUCCCCGCCUCAAGACUUCAAUGCGCAUCUGCAUUUUCGACCUCUAGCAUUCGAAACAAAUCCGCCGCUCCAGAAAGCGAUGCCGAGUUAGUAGAGAAACUCGCUAGCGAGAUUCAAAUGGAGGACGAUAUGAAGGCUCAAGAGGAAAUUCCUACGAGUGUGAAGGAUUAUAUGGAGAAUGGUCCUUUUGAGAUUUUGGAUACGCCUGGACAAGAAGAGGUUGUUUUGACCAGAAGUUUUGGCGAUGAAAAGUAUGUUUUUGUUUAUUCUUUCUUCUAUUUGUCCCAUUUUUUAUCUUGUCUUGUCUUUUCUUUUCUUCAAAAAGAAAAGAAAACAAAACAAAUAAAAUAAACAGCCAACUGACAACGAACCCAGAAUCCGAGUUACCUUCUCUAUCGCUGACCUCAACGCCUACGAUCCCGAAGCCGACGACUUCCAAGACCGCGGCCUCGUCGACGAAGAAGACCUCGACCCAAGCAAACCCGAGGACGUGAAUGAAACCGAAGAUGCCUCCUCCAACUCAGACGAAACCCAAGGCUUUCCAGCCCGCGUAAACAUCAUCGUUGAGAAGAAAAACAAAGGUGCCCUCGCCAUUGAAACCGUCGCUGAAGAUGGCAUGAUCGUAGUCGACAACGUAUACUACUACAGUGACGCCUCGCACGCAUAUGCCAAAACCACUGAAGCUGCGCAUCAACGUCAAGAUUUGUAUGUUGGACCUCCUUAUGGAAAUUUGGAUGAGGAUUUACAGGUGUUGUUGGAGAGAUAUUUGGAUGAGCGAGGGAUCAAUCAGGCACUUGCCAUUUUCGUCCCCGAUUAUAUUGACAUGAAGGAGCAGAAGGAGUAUUUGAGAUGGUUGAAGAAUGUCAAGGGAUUUAUUGCGGCGUAGACUUCAUAUCAUAUCAUUGAUUUGAUGUACACCAGUCUAUAUUCACGACGGACCGAUGGAUGGAUUAAAAAAGCGUUGUUUUAUGGGUUUUACUACACUACCUAUUUUCAUUUCCCUUCAAUCUUGUAUUCUUUCUCUUAUCUAUCUCUUUCUUCAUACCCUUUCCACUCUACUUGCGUCAUGCCCUUUCUGGCACAGCACUACCACACCAUACCUACUAUCCACAUAUAGCUAGGUAGAUAGGUAGGUAACUACACAAACUAUGUAUGUACAUUAUCCCUCAAAUAGAUGAUAGCACGACUAUCACGACUGUCACGUACAAUACGAUUCAAUUCGAUACGAUACGAUAGAUUCAAAUGCAAGCAAUCUACGUAAUGACUUCCAAAUGUUAAGAGAUACCAAUUUUUGUUC